AUGUCGCGACCUUAUUACAACCCCCAGGGAUAUCAGGGAUAUCCACCCCCGCGCCCCGAUUCAGCUCAGUCUCCCCAUCCCAUGUCACCGGUAGCUCCGACGCCGCCCCCACAGCAGCAGCCACAAUAUCGAGCAUAUUCUCCCGCCGGCGUGCCUCCGUCUGUGCCGCCAAAUAAACCAGUCCCCUCAGCUUCGCCGGCUCCCGCUGGUUAUUCGGGUCCUCCGCCCUCCCAAUCGCCCAUGUCACCGGCCUUUCCUCCCUCGCCCUACGGGUCGGCCCCGCCGCAGCAGCCGGGCUACCCUUCCGCUCCCCAGUACGGUUCCGAUCCUCGAUAUGGCCCGCCCCAAGGCUCUGGCUAUGGUCAACCUCCGGGCUACGGACAACCCCCAUCAGGCUAUGGACAGCCUCCUUCAGGUUACGGGCAACCUCCUUCAGGCUAUGGACAACCCCAGGGUUACGGGCAGCCCCAAGGCUACGGACAGCCUCCCCAAUCCCCCGUGCAGCCUCAGCCUUAUGGAGCUCGGGGAUACCCUCCGCAGCCUUCUUCCAAUGCUCCCCCGUACCCCCCGCAGAAUGCACCUUACCCCGGCGGUCCCGUUCGCCCUCCGCAAGGCGGUCCUCCCGGCCCCGGAUACGGAGCUCCGGGAGGUGCGCCUCCUGUAGGCCCUGCCACCGACCAGCAGAUCGCCGCUUAUCGCCAGCUUUUGAUUGCGACCAUCCGAGAGAAGAACCUGGAGCACUUCUAUCCCCCCGAUAAAUUGGACCGGCUUGUCCAGGCACUCGCCCGCGAUGCCCCCGGCAAAUGCAACAAAUUGAUGCACGAAUGGGCCGUUCCCAUGGAGGUCGCCACGGACAUCAUCAAGCUUGCUCUUUUCGACGUCAUUCUCUACGUGGAUGACAGCGGAUCGAUCGAAUUCGAGGAGAAGGGCGUGAGAAAGGAGCAGCUCAGGCAGAUCAUCGGCAUAGUCGCGACGGCCGCGUCCACCUUCGACGAGGACGGUAUUUCCGUGCGAUUUAUGAACAAUAUGGAGAACGGCGACGGGAUCCGCAACGCCGACGAUGUCAACAUGCUCGUGUCCCGGGUCCGCUUCGCAGGUCUUACUCCGCUGGGAACCGGCCUUAGGAACAAGGUCCUCGACCCCAUGGUCGUGGGACCUGCCCGGUCUGGCCGCUUGCAGAAGCCCGCCUUGGUGAUCACCAUCACGGACGGCCAACCCGCCGGCGAACCUCUCGACACCGUGGCCAACUCCAUCCGCUACGCCAUCGGCGAGGUCUCUCGCACGCCUUAUGGACGCGGCGCCGUUUCCUUCCAGUUUUCGCAGGUUGGCAACGACACCAAGGCCCGCGACUUCCUUUCCAGCCUGGACGAGGACCCGCAGAUCGGCAACUUGAUUGACUGUACCUCUAACUUUGAGGUCGAGCAAGACGAGAUGUCGCGUGCCAACCCACCCAUCCAUCUGACGCGAGAACUCUGGUGCGCUAAAUUGAUGCUCGGUGCCAUCGAUUCGUCAUACGAUACCAAGGACGAGAAGGCGGCCGGUGGCGCUGGCGGCCCCGGUGGUGCAGUCGCCCCUCCUCCCUCCAGCGGACCUCCGCCCGGCCAGUACGGUGGUUAUAUCCCGGCCCCCGGUCAGGGCCAGCCAGGAUAUUACAACCAGCCUCCCGCCGCGGGUUACAACCAACCCGCGCCGUACAGUCCCGGUCCCGGAUAUGGUCAGCAGGCACCCUACCCUCCCAGCCAGGGUCAAGCCCCGCAACCCGGCUACGGACAAAGCUACGGUGGGUAUGGAUCCGGCUCUCCUGCACCUUCUGGGUAUGGAGCACCUCCCAGCGGUGGUCCCGCCGGUGCGCCUCGGGGAUACCCUCCUCAGGGCUACGGACAGGGUCCUCCGCCUCCACCCCGGUACUAA